AACAAGAUAAGUGGCGUUCAUACACACAUAUUUCCAUCCCUUUUUGACAAAAGAGUGCAAAAGGGGUCGUUUCAGGACGAGACAUUUCAGCUACGCAAACGGGCAAAAACAUGUUUUCUUCGGAAUGAAUGUAAAACUCGCUCACCUUGCGGCCCCCAUCGGACUACAUCAUGAGACAAAAAGUUUUUGUCUUGCCUCAUUUUGUCUCAUCGGAUAUCCAUAUUUCGUGCAUGCCGUUUAUCGUCGUCAUUUACAUUUCAGAGUCGCUACAAGGACUUACCCUGAAACUCGGAUGAUGCAUUCAUUCCAUCUAGUAAAAGAAGAAAGAGAGAGAGAGAGAGAGAGAGAGAGAGAGAGAGAGAGAGAGAGAGAGAGAGAGAAGAGAAGAGAAGACACUUGCAUAGAUCAGAAAAUUUUAUACGUGAGAGAUGUAGAGUAAAUGAAGCGAAGCAGUAAAAAUAAGUACAGAC